AUGAAGUCUUUCUCUGUAUUGAUACUGGCAUCUUUUGUGCUUCCGCCCUUAAUUGCGGCCAACCCCGAGAACCACAAACACAAUCCACGCGCUGCCCAACCUGCCGUCGAUACCGGGGCUGGCACUUUUCUUGGACGAACGUUUGGCUCUGUUGAGACGUUCGCCGGUAUUCCCUACGCCAAGCCGCUCAUCGGGACGUUCGACGCGUCUGGUACCGCUGCCGCCUGUCCACAGUUUGUGCUCUCUACCGAUAGUCGCAAUAUCAUUCUCGAUGCCCUCGGAUCGCUGCUCACGCUUCCGAUAUUCCAGCCCAUCACCGGCCAGGAAGACUGUCUGACGGUGACCGUCCAACGACCAGCCGGUACUACUCCCAACUCUAAGCUGCCCGUAAUGUUCUGGAUCUUUGGAGGAGGCUUCGAAUUUGGAUCGACAGCUUCUUAUAACGGCGCUAGCUUUGUUCGCGAUGCGAUCGACUUGAAGCAGCCGUUCGUGUUUGUUGGGGUCAACUAUCGUCUAGGAGGCUUCGGCUUUCUUCCCGGGAGAGAAAUCCUCCAGGACAGCGCCGCGAAUCUCGGGCUUCUGGAUCAACGGAUGGCUCUGGAAUGGCUCGCGACUAAUAUCGAUGUGUUCGGGGGUGAUCCAGACAGAGUGACUAUCUGGGGCGAAUCGGCCGGCGCAAUUUCGGUGUUCGAUCAGAUGGCCCUGUACGAUGGCGAUAACAAGUACAAUGGACGACCCUUGUUUCGUGGAGCAAUCAUGAACUCCGGAAGUGUUGUCCCAGCAGACCCUGUUGAUUGCCCCAAAGGGCAGCUUGUCUACGAUACUGUGGCUCGAGCUGCUGGUUGUUCUGAUUCUGUCGAUACACUGGAGUGUCUUCGAUCCGUCAGCUACGAAACUUUCCUGAAAGCGGCUGCUUCUGUACCGAGUAUUCUUUCGUUCGAAUCGCUCGCUCUCGCAUACGUCCCAAGACCGGAUGGUGUCGUGCUAAGAGAUAGUCCCGACAUUCUGGCUAGGGAUGGGCGGUACGCGGCUGUGCCCAUGAUCAUCGGGAACCAAGAGGAUGAGGGCACGCUUUUUGCCCUAUUUCAGCCUACAGUCGCGACAACUUCCCAACUAGUCGACUAUUUGUCCGAUCUUUACUUCCACAACGCGUCUAGAGACCAAUUAAAUACCCUUGUCAGCACCUACGACCGCCGGAUUUCGUCGGGGAGUCCGUUCAGAACAGGUAUCCUGAACGAAAUCUACCCUGGAUUCAAACGAAGAGCGGCCAUUUUGGGCGAUCUCGUAUUUACACUAGCUCGACGCUCGUAUUUGAACGCAGCCAAGACAAGAUAUCCUUCGGUUCCGGUUUGGUCGUAUCUCAACAGCUACAGCUACGGAACUCCUCUUCUAGGCACUUUUCACGCGUCGGACAUCGUGCAGGUUUUUCUCGGGGUAUUGCCGACGUUUGCGAGGCAAAGUACAAGGACGUACUAUCUCAACUUUCUGUACAAUCAGGAUCCCAACAUCGGCACAGGCGGCUAUGCGAAGUGGCCAAAGUGGAGCGAGGAUCACCAGCUUCUUUGGUUCUUCAGCGAUCGCACGCAGUACUUGAAAGACGACUUCCGUGGCGACAGCUUCAAUCUCAUCUACAAUAACAUGGCAUCGCUGCACUUCCGGGACAACUCAACAACCUUGCCUCGGUGGACACUAUGA